AUGGCUGUCCAGAGACGGAAGAAGACGCUGUCGCAUGGGCGUCCACCGAUCAGUCGGCCCAAAGAGCGCAUGACAGCAGAACGAUCCCGUACUAUAAUCCGAACCCAUCACACGCUGCAGAAAGAGCAUGCGGCAGCAAUAAAAAGCGGAGAUCUGGCAAAGGCGACCAUCAUUUCUCGGAAAAUUGAAGAAAAUGGAGGCAUCAAACUGUAUCAAGCUGCCAGCAAACAAGGCCAGGCGAAGGAUCGAGGCGGCGAUUCUAGCAAAGUUCUUGUCGAGUGGCUUGUACAGGCCCGAGUCCUUGACCCUAAAGCGAGAGAUAGGAAAACUUCUCAGGCAAUACCUCUCAGGUGUCUGGAAGUUGGUGCACUUUCCACCAAGAAUGAAAUAUCCCGGUUCCCAAGCAUAAUCGACAUGCACAGGAUCGAUCUCAACAGCCAAGGUCCUGGGAUCGAAAAACAGGAUUUCAUGGAGCGGCCACUUCCGUCGAAUACAGAUGAAAGUUUUGACAUCGUUUCUCUCUCUUUGGUAUUGAACUAUGUUCCGGACGCAGCCGGUCGAGGAGAGAUGCUGAAACGCAUCACAAGAUUUCUGAGGAAACCAAUCGCACAAACCCAAACUUCGUCGACUAUUCUGCCAGCACUGUUCUUCGUCUUACCACGACCCUGUAUUGACAAUUCUCGAUACUUCGAUGAAGACCUACUGUUACGAAUCAUGACGAAAUUGGGCUUUACCAUGAGAUACAACAAGCACACCCCAAAGCUUUGCUACUACUUAUUCAUCCUGACUGAUGAGACUACGCCUACCCAAUUCCAAAAGAAGAAAAUCAGGGACAAACCAACCAUGAAUAACUUUACUAUCGUCGUGGAAUGA